UCUCUGUCUCUCUGUCUCUCUCUCUCCUUUCUCUCCUGUCUUCGUUCUCCUCUCACCUCCGAGCUCUCUUCGUGGAAUCUGGAUGAUGGAGCUGAAGGAGUUUUGCUUGAGUGACGACUUUCACUUCCUGAACCAGCAAAACAGUCUGUUGGACCCCUCGUCCACUGAUGACCCCCCAUCCCCACGGGAACAGGGGGUGAAGGUGGACCCCCUCAGCCCCCCCUUCACGGCUCCAUUCAGCCCCAGCAGCACAUCGGACAGCAGCGCAUACAGCCUGUUCUCUCAGGGUCACUCUCUGGACCCGGACUCGCCCAGCUCCAGCAGCACGGCCACCUUUAACCCCGCCCACUACGGCGCCGAGGAACACCCUGGCCUGCAGGUCGCUGCCCAAACGCACUCCGUCCUCAGCCGAGACUACAUCCCCAACCUGAACCCCGGACCCAAACGCCUCUGCCUGGUCUGCGGGGACUUCGCGUCCGGCUACCACUACGGAGUCGCGUCCUGCGAAGCCUGCAAGGCGUUCUUCAAGAGGACCAUCCAAGGAAAUAUCGAGUACAGCUGCCCGGUGGUGAACGAGUGUGAGAUCACGAAGAGACGGAGGAAAGCGUGUCAGGCCUGCCGCUUCCAGAAGUGUCUGCGGGCCGGCAUGAUGAGAGAGGGUGUGCGUAUGGAUCGAGUGAGAGGAGGCCGGCAGAAGUAUAAAAGGAGAGUGGACUCCAGCCUGUCCGUCUUUAUCAAAACACCUUACAUACAUCCAGUCAAAUCAGUCCGAAAUAAGGUCAUUUCCCAGCUUCUGGUGUCUGAGCCGGCUCCGCUGAGGGCGUCCCCGGACCCCUCCAUCCAAGACACUGACCUCAACACCCUGCUGACCUUAUGUGACCUUUUAAACAGGGAGCUCCUGGUCAUGAUCGGCUGGGCCAAACACAUCCCAGGGUUCUCCACGCUCUCUCUGGUGGAUCAGAUGGCUCUGCUGCAGAGUGGCUGGAUGGAGGCUCUGCUGCUGUGUGUGGUCUGGAGGUCUCAGGGUUGUCCUCAGGAGCUGCAGUUUGCGGAGAAUCUGCGGCUGAACGAAGCUCAGGCCAGAGCGGCCGGCCUGCUGGACCUUUACACGCCUCUCAGACAUCUGACCACAAAAUACCAACAGCUGAACCUCAGCCAGGAGGAGGCCGUCACGCUGAAGGCCAUGGCCCUCGCCAACUCAGACGCUGAGAACGUUGAGAGUGGGGACGCGGUGCUGCGGUUUCAGGACGGCCUCCACGAAGCCCUGCAGGACUAUGAGAGUGUCCAGCGUCCCUCCGAGCCCCAUCGCGCCGGUCGGCUCCUGAUGACCCUCCCCCUGCUCAGACAGACCGCCCAGAGAGCCGUCCAGUGCUUCUGCCGUCUGCACAUGGAGGGACGCGUCCCAAUGCAUAAGCUCUUCCUGGAGAUGCUGGACGCCAAGAUUUAG